AUGAAUAGUAGCUUGGCCACUCUUACAAAAAAUUUGGGUGAUGACCACCCAAUAACAAGCCAAUAUUUCAAAAAAUUAAGUUAUACAGAAGAGCAAUUAGCAUUAGUAUAUCACAAAGGAGUUUAUUCCUAUAACUAUAUCAAUUCUCAUGAUAGGUUUCAGGAGAUAGAACUUCUUCCUAUUUAUGAAUUCCAUACUACUCUUAAAGGUAAGAUCACUCAAGCAGAUUACCAAUAUGCCCAAAA